AUAGAGCGACUAGUACAAGAGUGAAAACCUUCUCAUUGUCGCCCAUUAGCCUCCGUUAGCAAAAUCUUAAGUUUUUAUCACUACCACCCAAAAAUCUCCACAAUCUAACGAUGUUCCGGCAAGCCUCACGCCUCUUGGCUCGAACCACCACAUUGACCAGGUCGCGAGCCUUCUCCUCCGAAGUCCCUGCCACCCCCACCGCCGACUCCACCUUCAUCGACUCAUGGAAAAAGGUCAUACCAAACAUGGAACCACCUAGCACCCCAACGUCUUUCAUGGUCACUCGCCCACAAACUCCCACCUCCAUCCCUUCUAAGCUCACUGUCAACUUCGUUCUUCCCUACGCAUCUGAGCUUUCCAACAAGGAGGUUGACAUGGUCAUUAUUCCAGCAACAACAGGUCAAAUGGGUGUUUUGCCGGGCCAUGUACCCACAAUUGCAGAACUAAAGCCUGGGGUCUUAUCUGUUCAUGAAGGGAAUGAGACUAAGAAAUAUUUUCUUAGCAGUGGGUUUGCAUUUAUCCAUGCAAAUUCAGUUGCUGAUAUAAUUGUGGUUGAGGCUGUGCAAGUUGACCACAUUGACCCAAGCUUGGUCCAGAAGGGGCUUGCAGAAUUCACCCAGAAGCUGAGUUCUGCUACCACUGACUUGGAGAAAGCAGAAGCCCAGAUAGGCGUUGAUGUACACAGUGCACUCAACUCUGCUCUCACGGGCUAAAUGAUUUUCUUCUGCCUCCAGGUUCUCAUUAUGGUUCCUCUUCUGAGCUUCAUUGACUGUUCGGUCUUCCAUCAAUGUAAUCAGCAGGCCACUUAGAUUUGUCAAGAUAUUAUUACCGUGAUCCUCAGAAGGUUAAAAUAAAUUUAAGAAACAAGAAUCUCAAUCUUGCUCUAUGUUUCUUUUUAAUCAAAAAAAGAUCUUGCUCUUUGCCCUCGGUUUUGAA